AAAAAGGCAGAACCUUUUUGAUCCGGCCACCCGCAUUCCGUGACAGUUCCUCGUCCUUUUCCUCCCCGCUUGCGCCUCCCCAACCCACUCACGCUUCCCCCGCCCGUUCCUGCGCCCGCUCCGCCGGAUCGCACCCACCCUCUCCGCUCCUCGGACGGCGAUGCAGGUCGGCGGCGGCGGCGCCGGAGGAGGGGAUGCGGCAGACAUACGGGGCCGCCACCGGAUCCAGGCCGAGCUCAAGAAGCUCGAGCAAGAAGCGCGCUUCCUCGAGGAGGAACUUGAAGAGCUUCAGAAAACUGAUAAGGUAUCAUCGGCAUUGCAAGAGUUUCUAACAGCGAUGGAAAGCAAAGCAGAUCCUCUACUUCCUGUAACUACUGGACCUGUGAAUCAGUCCUGGGAUAGGUGGUUUGAAGGUCCACAAGAUCUGCGCAGAUGCAAAUGCUGGUUUUUGUGAUCCAUGGCAAUAAUCUCAAGUGAAACACCAAGAGGCAAUUGUUGCUACCAUUGAAGUGUAUAUCGAGUCUCCCCCAGCAUAGAGGGCUAUUUGAGGCAAGGAGGUAGCUCCUUUCGACAUCACAACUCUGUUGAAGGAUUAGGUUCAAGGAAUGACCUGAGAACAGAACUCUGGAAUAGACAAGCCGGCAUUUCGGAAGUGCUAAAACUUUGUUCUGAGAAGUUCCUUGUACUGAAUUCUGUUGGUUGGCAAUCCUUUUUCUUUGGUCUUUACCCGAAUGCAUGGUUUCGGACUUCA